UCCUGUGGUGACGUGUUGGCUGUCCGAGGAGCUGAUGUGGAGGCUGUGUUUUGAUGAGUGGCUGGAGCGAAAGCGCUGCGUGUCGGUCGGUCUGAGGAUAAAGUGCUGCUUCCCGACUUUUCCUCUCAGUCUGGCGGCGUUUUAAAUCACCACAGAGGAUGGAGACGCUUUAUCAUCAGACUAAUAAACAAAUCCAUGAGGUCCAGUCCCAAAUGGGACGACUGGAGACAACGGACCGACAGUCAGUGCAUUUGCUAGAAAAUGAAUUGCAGGCCAGAAUUGAACAGAUCUUUACUCACCUGGAACGGCUUGAGAUCCUGGCCAGCAAGGAGCCGCCCAGUCGACGUCAAAACGCCAAACUGCGAGUAGACCAGCUGAAGUAUGACGUGCAGCAUCUACAGACAGCCUUGAGGAACUUCCAGCACAGACGCUAUGCUCGCGAGGCUCAGGAGAGGGAGAGGGAAGAGCUGAUGAGCCGCAGUUUUACCACCAACGACGCAGACACUUCUAUCCCCAUAGAUGACACGCUUCAGUUCAACUCCAGCCUGCAGAGCGCUCACAGAGGAAUGGAUGAUCUGCUUGGUUCUGGCUCCAGCAUCCUCAACGGCCUCCGUGACCAGAGGGGCACACUCAAGGGUACCCAUAAGAAGAUGCUGGAUGUGGCGAACAUGUUGGGGCUGUCCAACACAGUGAUGCGUCUAAUCGAGAAGAGAGCGACACAGGAUAAGUUCAUCAUGAUAACCGGCAUGCUCAUCACCUGCGUCAUCAUGUUCUUGGUGGUCAAAUACCUGAGCUGAACUUUCUCAGUCUGAGCUGACCCUCCUUGACUGCCAUGAGAGGACCAUACCAGGAGGCAGUGAUCUUAAUCCUGGAUUGAGGAUUGGAUUGAGGAUUGAGGUUGCGAUUGCCUUCUGGUUUCCAGAUUCUCAUCCUAUUUGUCGACAUCUGAUUUGACUCAAUGAGCCUAUUUUUUUGUGAAUUAAAAAAACUUUAGAUGUUUAUAAGUUUAAAAGUUAAAGCAGGUGUUUGACGUUGGAUGGAGCCCAGAAGACUCCAUCACGUCCUCAAAGCACCAGGAAAAUGGACGCUGUUCAAACAUAGAAACUCCGGUAUGGUCCGGACAUCUUUCUUACAUCUCUAAAAUAUCUUUGAAAAUGGAUUUUGCAGGUAAUUCUCAAAAGACUGAACCCUCUCAAUUCCAUAAGAUUGUGAUUUUUUUAUUUUUUUUUGUUAUUCUUGUGCAUCUGCAAUGUCUCUUCUUUUCUUCAAAGAUGCAAGCAAAAUAGUAUUAAAAUAAUUUAAAAUACGGUUGUAUGAGGUGGACCAGACCCUAUUUGCACCCACUUCCAUUAGUCAACACUGGCUUUGGUUUUUAACCCUCAUAGAACUGUAAAGAUUCAAAGUUCAUGCAAUCUGUACCCACAAUAACCAUACUAACAGUAAAGUCUCAUGAACUGAA